GCAAGAGAAAGCGUGAUGAUUUUUUUACGUACCUGAGCAACACCGCACGUAUUAUCUAGUCAUUUUAUCUUCUGACGAUUCACUGACGGUUUUCGAGGCGGCCCCUGCUGGAUCUAGGUGCUGGAUUUAUGGAGAGCUGCUAGUGUAGCUGAAAGCCUCUGGACGUGAGACUCGAUGGCUGUGGCGUUGGACGCCGUGUGGGUGCGAGUGAAGGGGGUCUGCAAGCAAAAUGGCUUGCUCAUCCUCUCAGUGCUGGCUGUGGUUAUUGGAUGUUUGCUGGGAUUUUUCCUGCGCUCCAAGAACCUCUCAGAGCAGGAGGUGAAAUAUUUCCAGUUUCCAGGAGAACUGCUGAUGAGGAUGUUAAAGAUGUUGAUUUUGCCGCUGGUUGUAUCCAGUUUGAUGUCUGGCCUGGCUGCGCUGGAUGCGAAAUGUUCAAGUCGACUCGGCCUCAUCACCGUGUCUUAUUACCUGUGGACCACUUUUCUGGCUGUAGUGGUGGGGAUCGUCAUGGUGUCCAUCAUUCAUCCGGGCGGAAUGGCACAGAAAGAAGACUCGGAGGACAGCGGGAAACCCAUUAUGAGCUCGGCGGAUGCCCUCCUGGAUCUCAUAAGAAACAUGUUUCCAGCAAACCUUGUUCAGGCCACAUUUCAGCAGUAUCGUACCAACAGUGUGCCAAUAAUGAAGACUCCAAAGACCACAGUAAGCCUGGGCCUGACAGAGACCACCACCCGCCGGGCUCUUAUCUACGGGAUUCAGGAUGAUAACGGUACGGACAUCCAGAACUUUCAGCUGGAUCUGACCCCGCCUCCCGACGUAGUGUUUCGAACUCUUCCCGGCACCAGUGAAGGAAUGAACGUGCUGGGAAUAGUGAUUUUCUCUGCCACCAUGGGUAUAAUGUUGGGCAGAAUGGGUCCUAAUGGCAGUGCGCUGGUGAACUUUUGCCAAAGUUUGAAUGAAGCUGUGUUGAAAAUUGUGGCUAUUGUAAUCUGGUAUUUUCCGUUCGGCAUUGUGUUUCUGGUGGCCGGAAAGAUUCUGGAGAUGAGUGACCCGUCUGCGAUGGGGAAGAAGUUGGGUUUUUAUGCCGUCACCGUGGUGAUGGGUCUCAUACUACAUGGCCUCUUCAUUCUGCCCAGCAUGUAUUUCUUCAUCACCAAAAAGAGUCCGAUCGUGUACAUCCGAGGAAUCCUGCAGGCUUUGCUCAUCUCCCUGGCCACAUCCUCCAGUUCUGCCACACUGCCUAUCACCUUCAAGUGCCUGCUGGAGAACAACCACAUCGACCGGCGGAUCAUUCGCUUCGUUCUGCCGGUGGGUGCCACCAUUAACAUGGACGGUACUGCGCUCUACGAGGCCGUGGCCGCCAUUUUCAUCGCCCAGGUCAACAACUAUGAGCUUGACUUUGGCCAGAUCAUCACCAUCAGUAUUACAGCAACGGCAGCGAGCAUCGGUGCCGCCGGUAUCCCACAGGCUGGCCUGGUCACUAUGGUAAUAGUGUUGACAUCCGUAGGCCUGCCCACUGAUGACAUCACUCUCAUUAUAGCUGUUGAUUGGGCCCUGGACAGAUUUCGCACUAUGGUGAAUGUGAUGGGAGACGCGCUGGCUACAGGAAUCAUGGCUCAUAUCUGCAGAAAAGAUUUCAUUAAAGAAGGAGAUGGGGUCCCGCUCAUCUGUGAAACAAAGCCCAUGAAUAACCAGAGUCUGCCCAACUGUCAGCAGAAUAAUGGAAGUUUCCAACCUCCACCAGCAGGGGGCAAACCUGAGCACAUCCCACCUGACGUAGCUCGUCUCAUGCAGCUGGAAGAGGGCGUUCGACCCCCACCCCCAGAACGGAGAAAACCACCGGUGCCCCCUCGCCACCUGAAACAUAGAGACAAGGACCAUUGUGCUAUUGAUAUGAACGGUCUGGAGACUAAUGUAUAGCAACUGAAAGAGACAGACUGUGACUGACGUCUUGUGAACGUUAAGACCACAAGAUGCAAAGAA